ACCAAAACUAAUGUAGCUAACUGAUGCUAGCGUGCCAGAGAGCGGAGUCUGACUCCAUCAGAAUCUACUUUGUGGGCGCCGUAGGACCCGAGGAGGCGCAAGGGAACUAGCAGAACACCCGAUCAAUUUAUCUGAAGUCGAUCCGCUGACGAAGCUUACAAGCAUGGACGAAGAGGAACAGUUUGUGAACAUCGACCUGAAUGACGACAACAUCUGCAGUGUCUGCAAACUGGAGACGGAGACGGGGACCUUAUCCUUCUGCCACGUCUGCUUCGAGCUCAGCAUUGAAGGUGUGUCGGCCUCCACCCUUCUCCACUCCAAGUCCCUGCGGGGUCACAGGGACUGCUUCGAGAAGUACCACCUCAUCGCCAACCAGAAGCUGUCGCGCUCCAAGGUCUCCCGCAGCGCCUACGAGGGCAUGAAGCUGGCCCUGAGCCAGAAGAUCGGCCGCAUCGUGCAGUACGCCCAGAACAAAGACUCCUCCUCCUCCGACGGGCCGGGCCGUCGGGGGGGCAAGCUGCUGUGCUACAGCCAGCAGGGGGACUGCAAGCUGCUGCCCCAGUCAGACGCCCAGGUCCCCCGCUACGCCCCGCGUUGGAACCAGAGCACGGCUACGGGGCUGCCCGACUAUGCCGCAGGCAUGCUGGAGUGCCACACCGCUGAGGAGCUGGGCCUGGGCCUCUUGGAGGACUCGCAGGGCUGCCUGUGGGGAGGCACGGGCAGACAGGGCCUGCAGCACCACUCCCCGCCUCCGGGGGGCGACCAGACGCGGCGCAGACACCAGGGCCACGGCAGAGACCAGCUGGUUAAAAUGAGUAUGGAUGAGCUCCACCAGCUGAAUGGCCAACUACUACUGCAGAUUCAAAAAGUGUUUGAGGAGCUGACCGGGGCAGUGCAGGAGAAGGACUCUCUGGCGUCGGAGCUGCACGUUCGUCACAUCGCCAUCGAGCAGCUCUUCAAGAACUGUGCCAAGCUGCCCUGGCUGCAGAUCAGCAGGGCAGGGGUCAAAGCCAGCAGCAGCGCCCCUGUGGAGUGACUUUGUCAAAGGGAGCUCCUGGAUGGUCUCCUCCCUGCCACCCUGGGCUGUGUGGCUACAGCAGCCUGACUCAUGCCCUCUGAACCCUGAACAGCUUUCACAACAUGGUGUGUGUGGUGAGUGAUGGAGGACAGGGGAAUGGACAUGCUUUCCCUUCGUCUGGGGACCUCUGGUUUCUGCAGUACUUAAAGAAAGGGUUUGCGAAAGGCAAUAAACGGACUUUGGUAUCCACCAGUUUCACAAUGGAGAACUGAAUGUGAACUCCUAGUGUCGGUGGAUCUGUUUCCUAUGCAGAUAAGAUACAAACAUGGUAAGGUCUCUGCUGCAUUAAAAUGUACUUUAGCUAGUCACGUUUUUCCGUAUUUUUGUUAUUUAUCCUUAUAUACAUUUAUUUAAUUGGAAACUCACCAGUGUUUAUUUUUUUAUAUUUUUUUUUAAAUUUUAAUCAUUGUGGAUCAAGCUAUUGUGAUUGGCCUAGCAUCUUCAUUAUACCUAUUGAGCCUUUGGUCGAAUGGUUUUGUUGUUGCUGUGGUAACUGUUGCAAAAUAAAGAGCAAUCUAUUACUUUUUAAAAUCAGUGCAGUGGAAUCAUCUGAGUUCCCAUGGAAGGCAGUAAUAUUACCCUGUUAUUUUUGCAUUUUGCAGUAAAAAAGAUUCAUUGAUAAGUGAAAUGCUGCAGACACACUUCUGUUUGUCUUAAGUCCUUGAUUUCUAACGGCUAGGUAUCUAAUGAUGGUCAUUGGUUAAGCUGUCAAGCACAAGACAGCCUGAUACUUGAACAGAGGAAUAUGAAAUAGGUGCUGAAAAAGUAGAGAUGUGAUUGAAUGCACUGGGGGUCUGUCCCAGAACCAAAGCCUUCAUUUGCUGCAAAGCAAAGUAUAUUUCAGUAUUUAUUUCACUAGUGGCCUAAGAGCAUAGGCCUCAAUAGACUCACUAUAGCCUACUUGUUUCUUAGCGAAAAUGCAAUAGAAAGCACUGAUACCAAAUUAGCUUUGAUAUGGCAAAACAUAUAAUUCACAUUCUAUUAAAUUGCCCUUAUUGUUAAAACCUGCGACACUUUCAAAUGUAUUUUGGUUUUGUAAGUGAUCUGUGUUAGCAAUUAUGCAGUUACCUUAUUUUGUAUAUUAGUGUGAAUGUGUUUUUUUCUCCCUUCUGUAAUCUAUUUACGACUAUGGCUUUAUCUUUUCUCCUCUGUAACCAUGGAUCCAAAGCAAUAUUGUGAGGAGAGAAAGGUUACAGAUGUUCCCUAAAGGUCUGGGAUUUAGAACAAGGGUUGAAUAAUGGAGAUUGUCUGGAGUAUUUUAGUUACGGUUUUCACAGGUUUGAUCACUUAGUGUGUGAUACUCUGAUUGUGUUUUUGGUUGUUUGAACAUUUGUCCUCUGCUGUUGGUUUUGACCACGGGGCUGGAACCUCAAACUUGCUGGCCGCCAUCAUUAUCUCAACAAGUGUGUGUAUAUUUGAAAGGUGUGACAUUAUUUUAACUGGAUUGAAUUACUUUGUGUCUUUCUCUCUCUUUAUAAGAGAUGAAAUAAAUCCAACCCUCUUUGGGUUUAUCGAAACGUUUUUAACUCCACUUAAACGGUCUGGUUUAUUUUGAUUUGUAAAUGUAUGUCCUGUGUGCAUGAGUGUUGUGUCUUUUUGGUAAAGGUAAUCAAAUUUAUUGUUAUUUAUUUUUUAUUUGAAUUUUGACUGAGGCUUGUAGAUUUGACAACACUGAAAAGAUGUGGGGACAAGUGCAUAGUGCUUCUCUGCUCUGGGUAAGAGAUCAUCAGUUACCAUUAACAUGAAUCUGGGAUUUGUGCAUUUCUGUUUAAGUUGACAUGACUCAUGGUUUACUGCUGUGGUAGAUACAUAAGACUGCUCCCGUGCUGUGUGACUUACAUUAUAUUCAUGUAUGUUUGUGGAGUUUAAUGCCUGUGUAAAUUGUCUGAACAAUGGUUUGUAUUUUUUCAAAAAUAUUUCAAUAAAAUAAAAACUAUUUUUUCUCA